AGGACAGCCUCCAAAGCCACAGAGAAACCCUGUCUCGAAAAACCAAAAACAAAACAAAAAAAAAACAACACAGAAACACUUGUAUAUAAGCUUUUGUGUGAAUAUAGCACUUCAUAUCCUUGAAUUAAAAAAAACAAGAAGGAUAAAUUGCUGAAUCAUUGUGACUAAACAGUAGUAAACACUUAGGUGAAAGAUAGGUAGGAGGUACCAGUUCCACCCUUCUCUUAGUUCUUAGACCUUUGCAGGACCUAUCACGAGCUAGAAGAGUUUACAACUGACCUAUGCCCUCAACCUAAUUCAUCUAUCAAGGUAUCAAGGUAUCUGUUUUAGUUUCUAACAGUUUUUUGUAGCCAAGGCAGACUUAGAAUUCCUAAUCUUCCUUAUUUCACUCCCUUCCCAAGUGCACUGGUACAAGCCCAGGUCACACACCUGGUUUAAUUUACUAAAAUUAUUUUAAAAAGAAAGAAAUAAAGACAAAACUAAAACUUGGGGCAAUCUUCUUGUCUCAGCCUGUAGAGUGUUGGGAUUAAGGACACUAAGUCACCCAUCCCAUAAAUUCCUAGAAGGGGUCAGACACCCAGGGCUCUCAGAAGUGAAGCAGAGAGAACAGAAGGGUUCCAGCCUUCAGCCUUCGGGUUAGCUGCACUUUAGAUCAUGGGGUCCUACCACCUGUUCCCAGGUGGCGAGGGUAGGUGCCAUAUUUGCAGGGCAUGUACAGAGGGCCUCCAACUUUGAGGAAGUCACAGUCAGCUGUCUUAACGACUCAGCCCCGCCUCUGCUCGCUCAGGCCCAUGGGCGUGGCCACCACAAGCUGUAGUUACCUCUGGGCAGGCUACAGCUGCAGACUGCUGGAUUCACCUUCCUGUGUUAUCCUUCUUCGCCUUCUGCCACCUUUACCAAAGCCGCCAUGUCGCCUGCUCGGCCCGCCACUGUGCUGGGUGCAAUGGAGAUGGGGCGCCGCAUGGACCCGACCUCUAGCGCCGCUUCGGUGCGCGCCUUCCUGCAGCGCGGCCACACCGAGAUAGACACAACAGCCUUCGUGUAUGCUGAAGGCCAGUCGGAGACUAUCCUGGGCGGCCUGGGGCUCGGGCUGGGCCGCAGCGGCUGCAAAGUGAAAAUUGCCACCAAAGCUUGUCCACUGUUUGGGAGGUCAUUGAAACCUGAUGAUGUGCGGUUCCAGCUGGAGACUUCCCUGAAGAGGCUACAGUGUCCCCGGGUGGACCUCUUCUAUUUACACAUGCCAGACCACAGCACCCCUAUAGAGGACACACUGAAGGCCUGCCACCAGCUGCAUCAGGAGGGCAAGUUUGUGGAGCUUGGCCUGUCCAACUAUUCCUCCUGGGAGGUGGCUGAGAUCUGUACCCUCUGCAAGAAAAAUGGCUGGAUCCUGCCAACUGUCUACCAGGGCAUGUACAAUGCCACCACUCGUCUGGUGGAGAAGGAACUCUUCCCCUGCCUCAGAAACUUUGGAUUGAGAUUCUAUGCAUUCAACCCUUUGGCUGGGGGCCUGCUGACUGGCAGAUAUAAAUACCAGGACAAGGAUGGAAAGCAGCCUGAGAGCCGCUUCUUUGGGAAUCAGUUUUCUCAGUUGUACAUGGACCGCUACUGGAAGGAGGAACAUUUCAAGGGCAUCGCCCUGGUGGAGAAGGCACUGAAGUCCUCUUAUGGCAGCAACACCCCUAGCCUGACUUCAGCCACCCUGGGAUGGAUCUACCAUCACUCACAGCUCAAGGGCGACCAUGGGGAUGCAGUCAUUCUGGGCAUGUCCAGUCUGGAGCAGCUGGAGCAGAAUUUGGCCUUGGUUGAGGAAGGGCCCUUAGAGCCGGCUGUCGUGGAAGCCUUUGACCAAGCCUGGAACCUGGUUGCCCAUGAUUGUCCCAACUACUUCCGCUAAGGUGGAUCUGACUUGGGGAGGUCACUGCCUGCCACUCUGUGCUCUACCCUGACCAGUCUGGGCCUUGAGCUGAGUCAGCUGUUCUUUCUGUUCCAUCAAGAUCCCUAAUGUUUUUUUUUUUUUUUUUUUUUUUUUUUUUGUGGGUGUGUGUGUGGGUGUGUGUGGUGUGUGUGUGUGGGGUGUGUGUGUGUGUGUGUGUGUUUGUGUUGGUUUGUUUCUUUCUAUUGCCUUGCUCCACAUCCAAGUGCCUUCAGUGUGAGAGCUGAACUCUGCCCCAGUACCUCCUGUUAACAACUGUUAAUAAAACUGUCAUCUGUCAAGGCUGUAGCCCAGGCUGCAGCAGGCCUGGUGGCCUUAUUCUCUUG